UUUUUUUUCUCUGCUAACGAAAAAAGCCAUCUUCUUUGCUACUACUAAUCUACUAUUACACUGAAUCGUUUGGGUUCUUCUUCUUCUUCAGCUGCUACUUUGUUCGAGUGAUUGCUGACAUGCCGUCAGCGUCGGAGAUUGUUGACAGGAAACGGAAGUCUCGUGGAACACGAGAUGUAGCUGAGAUUCUAAGGAAAUGGAGAGAGUACAAUGAGCAGACCGAGGCAGAUUCUUGCAUCGAUGGUGGUGGUUCAAAACCAAUCCGAAAGGCUCCUCCAAAACGUUCGAGGAAGGGUUGUAUGAAAGGUAAAGGUGGACCUGAAAAUGGGAUUUGUGACUAUACAGGAGUUAGACAGAGGACAUGGGGUAAAUGGGUUGCUGAGAUCCGUGAGCCAGGCCGAGGUGCUAAGUUAUGGCUCGGUACUUUCUCUAGUUCAUAUGAAGCUGCAUUGGCUUAUGAUGAGGCUUCCAAAGCUAUUUACGGUCAGUCUGCCCGACUCAAUCUUCCACUGCUGCCACUGUGUCAGGCUCGGUUACUGCAUUUUCUGAUGAAUCUGAAGUUUGUGCACGUGAGGAUACAAAUGCAAGAUCUGGUUUUGGUCAGGUCAGACUAGAGGAUUGUAUUGAUGAAUAUGUUCUCCUAGAUAGUUCUAGUGUAUUGUUAAUCGUAGUUGACUAUUGUGAGGUCUUAAGUUGUAGAUUGAAAAUGAGAUAGCUCAUAUGGAGCUUUAUUGAAAUGCAAGAAAGUAAACAAAGGAAGAUCUUUAGAUUGUCA